GUGUUCUGUCGCCCUCUGGUGGCUGACUGCAGCACUGCGCUGUCGCAAUCCUCUUCAUCACGACAAACCAAAGCGCCCUUAUAAACCGGGAAAAUGUCCCAGCGCUUCCGUUCCACAGCCUUUCAGUCGCUUCAGAGCAUGUUUGAUAGAGACAGAGAUCUCAAGACGAUCCUCGUGGGGAACAUCCACAGCUGUGUGACAGAGGAGAUUCUGUUCGAGCUGUUCCUGCAGGCCGGGCCGGUGGACGAGGUGUGUAUCUUCAGAGAUGGACAGCAGGCUCCGUAUGGAUGUGUUUAUUAUAAGCACGCUGAAGCUGUUCCCUACGCAGUCGAACUUCUCAAUGGAAUCUGGCUCUAUGGGCAGCCGAUCAAGUUACAGCGUAAAACCGAUGCUGUACAACGGGAUGAUGUGGUUUUGAAUUUAAAUCGCAGUCAAAGUGUGGAGAUCCAAUCUAAUGAAGCAUACAGCUGGAGUGACAUGGUGUACAGCAGACGUCUGCAGGUGUGUCCUCCAGCUGUGUGGUUCUUUCCUCCGCUCCAGCUGUGGCAUAGCUCUGGUCACUCAUCUGGGACAUCUCUCCACAGGUCAGCCAGCAGCGCAGUGGGUUGUAAUUUUCAGAAGGUGCUGUACGGAUAG